AUGUCAAACUCACGCAUCAAUAUCCACAUUCUGGCGAACAAGUUCUCGCCCGGUGGUCUUGCAAGCCUCGACAACUUUAAAAUCGCCACAGAGCCAGAUCCUACCAAGUACUCGCUGAGGGAGAACCAAGUACUGAUUCGCACCCUGUAUCUCUCCAUUGAUCCGUACCAACAUGGCCGUCUGACCGGCGAAACCGACAGCUACGUCCUUCGCUAUGAGAUUAACGAGCCGAUCAGCAACUUGGCUCUGCUGCCGUCGAGGCAUCAACUAGUGCUGGUUUGGCAGAGGGCGAUAUUGUCAUUUGCUGCAUAUACUGGGCUGAUGGAGGUCGGAAAGCCCAAGGCUGGUGAGACCAUCCUGGCCUCUUCAGCAUCGGGCACUGUUGACCAGAUUGUUGUUCAGCUCGCCAAGGCUCGCGGUCUGCGUGUUAUUGGUGUUGCUGGCUCUGACGACAAGGUCGGAUGUACCAAGUGCCUGGGUGCUGAUGCUGCCUUCAACUACAAGACAUGCGGAAACUUUGUCGAGGCGAUCAAGAGGGUAGCUCCUGAGGGAGUUGACAUCUACUAUGACAAUGUGGGUGGCGAGUUCCUGGACGCUGCUCUUGCCAACAUCAACACUGGUGCGCCCUAA